AUGGGACCGCGCCGCCACCGUGGCGCAGCAGGCGGCCAGGGCUCCGGGUCGGCUCCCAGGCGCCGGGCCGCGGAGGCGGCUGGGCCUGCUGGCGCGGGCCUCCGGGCUGGCUACCGCGGCUACUGCCCGCUCGGCGGCCUGGGCGACAGCGGGGGUCCUGGGGUGGGCGCCGCGGCGCCGCUGGAGGUGGAGCGCCGUGCCUGCGGGUCCAUGGAGGCGGCCGCCUUCUUCGACGGCUUCGUCAAGGCGCGGCGGCCGCUGGUGCUCGACGGCUGGGAGGCGCGCGGAGGGCCCCUGCGGGCGCUCUUCGGGCUCCGCGGCGGCGCGGCGCGCUGGGGCGGCGGGGGGCCGGACGCCCUCGCCGCGCUGGCGGAAGGCCCCGCCGGCGCCUGCGCCGUCGUCGUGGAGCAGCGGGCGGACGCCGCGGCGCCCUUCGGGCGGCAGGAUGCGGGGCGCCGCCGGGAGACGACGCUGGCCGAAUUUUGCCGCGAGCUGCAGACGCCAGAGGGCGAGCUGGGCUACCUCACCACCCAGAGGCUCCCAGAGGACGAGGACGGCUGCGCCACCGCGCUCGCGGCGCCCUUCCUGCUGCACUUGCUCCGUGGCGCGCGGCGGCUGCGUCCCCAGCUGGUGGGGGCGCUGGCGCCCGUGCAGUACAACCUCUGGCUCGGGCGCGCGGCCGAGGGCUCAACCUCGGGCCUGCACCACGACUUCCACGACAACCUCUACGUGGUGCUGCGCGGGGAGAAGGAGUUCCGCCUCUUCAGCCCGCGCUGCGUGGACCUGCUCGCGCCCGCGGGUGCCGGUCGCGGCGCCGGGCCGCCGCUGCUGCGGAGCAACGGCCUCAUCCCGAGCCUGGCGUCCGCGACGACGGCGCCCCCGAGGCCGUGGUGCAGGAGUGGCGGCGGCGCGGGGGCGGCGCGGUGGCGGCCGGCGCCGGCGGCGGAGCGGCCGCGGACGAGUCGGACGAGGAGGCGGACCUGGAGAGGGCGCUGCAGGAGGCCUGGUCGCGCGGGCCAGCUCGGAAGAGGCGGCGGGCGCGGCCGGGCGCGAGCGCCGCGAGCGCCGGGCUCCCGGACAGCUUCUGCACGGUCAGCGCCACCGCGGGGCCAGGAGGUGACGCUGGACUUCCACCUGUGCCAGAUCUUCUCAGGGGCCGUCACCUCACAGCGAGGCACGUGCGGCCACCUCGCCCUGAACCUCUGGAUGGCGCCGCCCGAUGCCGGCGGGAACUUCGAGCAGCCCUACGAGGACGGCUUCUGGGAGGCCAAGUACCAGGCGAUGCGGCGCGCCUUCCGCGCCGGCGGCGGCGCUCGCGGCGCCCGGCGGAAGCGCCCCAGGGCUCGCCAGAUGGCCGAGCUGGAGGAGGCGCGGGCCAGGCUGGAGCAGCUUCGGCGACGGCGGAGCGAUGAGCCGAAGCGCCGCCGGGCGGAGUCGGCAGGUGCACAUUACUCGGGAGGCGUGGACCAAGUGACGUACACCGCGUUCCGGGCGACGGCUAUCGCUUGUGAUCCGUCGGAUGGCCUCCGGAUGUUCCACACGUGA